AGCCGAAAUGGAUAUGUUUGAGUCGUGUGCAUGAGUAGGAGGAGCAGGAGCUGCUACGGAAUCGAUUAAUCAUCUUUCCACAAUGGCCCAGUUGUAAGUACUUGCUUCUAUCCACAUGUUCCGUUGACCACGUGGUCCUCGUUGCACUCGUCUGCUCCUGCGGGUGGCGAUGACAGGAAGGGAGGCGAAGUACGUCGACAGGAGCCCGGAAGUCCUGGGCCGGCUGCUUCCGCGAAGCAAGGUUCUUUGUUUGACAAGAAACUUGGGUUAUUUCCUCUUCGCUGCGACCUCUGUUUUCGCCGCCGCGGCUGCCGUGGAGGAUGAUGUUGAUGCUAGUAGCGUCACCACCGUUCCAAAGAGCACGAACAUCGUCUACGAUGCCAGCAGCGCGGUCACGCGGGAACACCGGUGGGGAGCACAAGGCCGCAGCGGGCUCACCGUCUGGAUGACGGGCCUUUCUGGGUCGGGAAAAAGCACCAUUUCGCGAACGGUCGAGAAGAUGCUCUUUGAGAAAGGUACGGCACAGCUAUACCUUGCUUGGAAGGAGAACAGCUGUGCGUUAAAUAUCGUUUCUGGUUAUAAUCUGGAUAGUUUUGCAUUUGCAAUUAUAAAAGUCGGAAAACAAGUUGAACACAGGAUGAACCUGAUGCUGAUAAAGUGAAUAAAACAUGUUGGGCAGAUGUCCUUGCCUACCGACUGGACGGUGAUAACCUGCGUUUCGGGCUGAAUUCCGAUUUGGGGUUUUCCGAAGCGGACCGGACGGAGAACGUCCGGCGGGUCUCUAUCAAAUGCAAAUAUGCCUUGGUCUGGAAAGGCUGAACCUGUAUUGCGUGUCGCGUAUUCGUAAAAAAUCUGUAUUGCAUAAGCAGCAAAAGCAACACAUUUUCGCCAUGCAAGUUCGCAGUUUGUAGCGCAUGCUGCGCAUGAGAAAGGGUUUGAAAAAUUUUUCAUUUUUCACGGCAUUUAAAGGCGUGAGCAAUCAUGACCAUUCAGCAUUAACUCAGACAUAUUUGCAUUUGAUAGUCUCCGAAGUUGCGCAAAUUCUCGCGGACGCGGGCGCGGUCGUGUUGUGCGCGCUGAUCGCGCCGAACAAGGAAGACCGUGCGAGAGUACGCAAGAGCCACGAGCGGACCGGCAUUCCCUUUCUGGAGGUGUUCGUGAACGCCCCGCUGCAGGAAGCAGAGAGGCGGGAUCCGAAGGGCUUGUACAAAAAGGCGCGCGCCGGCAUUAUCCCGGGGUUCACCGGCGUGUCCGCACCGUAUGACGUACCCGAGGCUCCGGAUACGGAAUUGAGAACGGAUCUGGAGACAGUCGAGGAGAGCGCGGCGAAGUUGCUUGACGCAAUUCUGGAGAAAGUGAAGCUAGAACCGAAAAAGGACGAGCUGUAGUUGUAACAGGUUUUAUUCCCCCUGCUGGUCUUUAUUUUGUCUGGGUCUGCGCAUUUAAAUCAGUAUCGCCUGCUGGUUGCUGGUGUUGUUGGAAAAGAGGAUCUUCCAAAAUGAAAUCGAGUAGAAUUUAGAAUCAUGCGCUGCUCAUGAGAUCACUUCACAUCACAUCACAACACGACAGAUCUUUCAAAAAACGAGUGAGAGAACACUGAUCGGAUACAAGCGUAGGGUGAAAAUUUCUUGACGCGCCGCGAAAUACCUUUCCUCACUUGCUUCGUUCCUGAAACCGGCAUCAAGAUCAGAAAAUCCCGCCACUGCCAGAAAUUUUGAAUGAAUCAAAUAUGUUCUGACUUGCGGCCAAAUG